AUGAGUGCACAAACGGGACUCUCGAGACGGCGUGUCGCUGCAGCGUCGAGUUCAAACGACGUCGACGACGAAGAGGACGUGCGGAGACCACCAAUCUCGACGACAACGUCGACGACGAGUGAAGCAAAUGGAUCGCGUGCGGUCCAUGCUGGAACGGCGCUCGCAGGCGGGUCCAAAGUCGCGUACGAUCCUCGAGACCUCGUUGGCGCAUCGGGCAGUGGAGCAGAUGAAGAAGGGACGAGUCCUCGGUUGACUCUUUUAGAGGAGAUUUUACUGUUGGGUAUCAAAGAUCGUGCGGGUUAUCUUUCUUUUUGGAAUGAUAACAUCUCGUAUGCACUACGUGGAUGUAUCCUCAUCGAACUCGCACUCCGCCGGAGAAUCGCCAUGGUCAAGGAUCCUGCGAGAAGGCGGCUGCCACUUGCUGAACGACAAAUCGAAGUUGUCUCGGACCGACAAACGGGCGAAACCAUUCUUGACGAGGCCCUAAAGGCCAUGAAGGCGCAGCAAGACGGUCCCGGCGGCGGUGUGCCUGGGGAGAAAAUGUCUGUGGGAAGUUGGGUCGAUCUCUUUAGUGGCGAGACAUGGAACGUGAUGAAGAUUGGCUUCCAACUAAAACAAGUACGCGAACGACUUGCAAAAGGCCUCGUGGACAAGGGCAUACUUCGAACGGAGAAGCGAAAUUUCCUACUAUUCGACAUGGCCACGCACCCUGUCGCAGAUGCCGCGGUUAAAGAAUCUAUCAUGUCACGCGUCGUGGCGUUGUUGACGGCCCGAACGACAACGAUCCCCGCCGCUGCAUUACCAGGAGCAGCUAUCAAGGGAUCCUUUUCUUCUUCAAGUGUUCAGCCGAACAUUGCGUUUCCCAUCACACGCACGGUUGCUUUAGUAUGUGCGGCUUACGCGGCAUCGGUCUUGGACAAUGCACUCAUUCGUCUUGGGUACGACGAACGCGAGGCGGCGUUUUCGCGAUGCGAUGAUCUGCUCAACGAGUUUACGGCAUGGCCUCUCGGUUCCGGGAGUAAUAGUACGAGUAUGGGUACAGCACGAAGACCGAUUGCGAGUGGGAGCGGAGCCGGUCCGACACCUCGAGAGCUCAUCGGCGGGCUUGUGCAAGCUGUCCGGGGAGAGCUGGCUGCUGGGAAAGAGGGCGACGACCUGCAUUUCGAGAUUAUCGUCACAGUGUUUGAAAUCUUUAGCAGGAUGGACAGCCUCCUGUAG